UUCCUCCCGGUGAGCCCCGAGGUGAUGAAGCGGCGGCGCGGGGGUCUUAUCGAGCAGCGCGACAUCAUCAAGGCCCACGAGGCGCACAAGAUGCAGAGCACCCCGCAGGCGCGGCGCAAGGAGUGGGAGAUGGCUCGCUUCGGGGAGGCGGUGGUCGGCAGGCCGGGGUCGGGAGAUGGAGAUUCGGACCAGAGCAGGAACCGGCAAGGAACCCCCGUGCCGGCCUCCGGGCCGGCGGCCGCCUACAAGCAGUCGAAAGCGCAGAGGGCGCGGACUAUGGCUUUGUACAACCCCAUUCCCGUCCGGCAGAACUGUUUCACCGUCAACAGAUCCCUGUUCAUCUUCGGAGAAGAUAACAUUGUCAGGAAAUACGCCAAGAAGCUCAUCGAUUGGCCGCCGUUUGAGUACAUGAUCUUGGCCACCAUCAUUGCCAACUGCAUCGUCUUGGCCCUGGAGCAGCAUCUUCCUGAGGAUGACAAGACCCCAAUGUCCCGCAGACUGGAGAAGACAGAACCGUAUUUCAUCGGGAUCUUUUGCUUUGAAGCUGGGAUCAAAAUCGUAGCCCUGGGGUUCAUCUUCCAUAAGGGCUCGUACCUCCGCAAUGGCUGGAAUGUCAUGGAUUUCAUCGUGGUCCUCAGUGGCAUCCUGGCCACUGCGGGAACCCACUUCAACACACAUGUGGACCUGAGGACGCUCCGGGCUGUGCGUGUCCUAAGGCCCCUGAAGCUCGUGUCGGGGAUACCUAGCCUGCAGAUUGUGUUGAAGUCCAUCAUGAAGGCCAUGGUGCCUCUGCUGCAGAUUGGCCUUCUGCUCUUCUUUGCCAUCCUGAUGUUUGCGAUCAUCGGCUUGGAGUUCUACAGUGGGAAGCUGCACCGAGCUUGCUUCAUGAACAAUUCAGGUAUUCUAGAAGGAUUUGACCCCCCUCACCCAUGUGGUGUGCAGGGCUGCCCAGCUGGUUAUGAAUGCCGGGACUGGAUCGGCCCCAAUGAUGGGAUCACCCAGUUUGAUAACAUCCUUUUUGCUGUGCUGACUGUCUUCCAGUGCAUCACCAUGGAAGGGUGGACCACCGUGCUGUACAAUACCAAUGAUGCCUUAGGAGCCACCUGGAAUUGGCUGUACUUCAUCCCACUGAUCAUCAUUGGAUCCUUCUUUGUUCUCAACCUCGUCCUGGGAGUGCUUUCUGGGGAAUUUGCCAAAGAGAGAGAGAGAGUGGAGAACCGGAGAGCUUUCAUGAAACUGCGGCGCCAGCAGCAGAUCGAGCGUGAGCUGAAUGGGUACCGCGCGUGGAUAGACAAAGCAGAGGAAGUCAUGCUCGCUGAAGAAAAUAAAAAUGCUGGAACGUCAGCCUUAGAAGUGCUCCGAAGGGCAACCAUCAAAAGGAGCCGGACGGAGGCCAUGACGCGGGACUCCAGCGACGAGCACUGUGUCGACAUCUCCUCUGUGGGCACACCCCUCGCCCGAGCCAGCAUCAAGAGUACAAAGGUGGACGGGGCCUCCUACUUCCGGCACAAGGAGCGGCUUCUGCGUAUCUCUAUCCGCCACAUGGUUAAAUCCCAGGUGUUUUAUUGGAUUGUGCUGAGCCUUGUGGCUCUCAACACCGCCUGUGUGGCCAUCGUCCAUCACAACCAGCCCCAGUGGCUCACCCACCUCCUCUACUAUGCAGAAUUUUUGUUUCUGGGACUCUUCCUCCUGGAGAUGUCCCUGAAGAUGUACGGCAUGGGGCCUCGCCUUUAUUUUCACUCUUCGUUCAACUGCUUUGAUUUUGGGGUCACAGUGGGCAGCAUCUUUGAAGUGGUCUGGGCGAUCUUCAGACCUGGUACAUCUUUUGGAAUCAGUGUCUUGCGAGCUCUCCGGCUUCUAAGAAUAUUUAAAAUAACCAAGUAUUGGGCAUCCCUCCGGAAUUUGGUGGUCUCCUUGAUGAGUUCCAUGAAGUCAAUCAUCAGUUUGCUCUUCCUUCUCUUCCUCUUCAUCGUUGUCUUUGCUCUCCUAGGAAUGCAGCUGUUUGGAGGCAGGUUCAACUUUAAUGAUGGGACUCCUUCAGCAAACUUUGACACCUUCCCUGCAGCCAUCAUGACUGUAUUCCAGAUCCUGACGGGUGAGGACUGGAAUGAGGUGAUGUACAAUGGGAUCCGCUCCCAGGGUGGGGUCAGCUCAGGCAUGUGGUCAGCUAUCUAUUUCAUUGUGCUCACCUUGUUUGGAAAUUACACACUGCUGAAUGUGUUCUUGGCCAUCGCUGUGGACAAUCUGGCCAAUGCCCAGGAGCUGACCAAGGAUGAACAGGAAGAAGAGGAGGCCUUCAACCAGAAACACGCACUGCAGAAGGCCAAGGAGGUCAGCCCGAUGUCUGCACCCAACAUGCCUUCCAUCGAAAGAGACAGAAGGAGAAGACACCACAUGUCGAUGUGGGAGCCACGCAGCAGCCACCUGAGGGAGCGAAGGCGCCGACACCACAUGUCGGUGUGGGAGCAGCGCACCAGCCAGCUGAGAAGGCACAUGCAGAUGCCCAGCCAGGAGGCCCUCAACAAGGAGGAGGCCCCACCCAUGAACCCCCUCAACCCCCUCAACCCCCUGAGCUCCCUCCACCCACUCAAUGCCCACCCCAGCCUCUACCGGAGACCCAGGCCCAUCGAGGGGCCGGCCCUGGGCCUGGGUCUGGAGAAGUGUGAGGAGGAGCGCGUCAGCCGCGGGGGGUCCCUCCAGGGGGACGGAGGGGACCUGUCGAGUGCCCUGGACAACCAGAGGAGCCCCGUGUCCCUGGGCAAACGGGAGCCGCCCUGGCUGGCCAGGCCCUGUCAUGGGAACUGUGACCCGACCCAGCAGGAGGCCGGGGGCGGGGAGACCGUGGUGGCCUUCGAGGACCGGGCCAGGCACAGGCAGAGCCAGCGGCGCAGCCGGCACCGCCGCGUCAGGACGGAGGGCAAGGAGUCCUCCUCCGCUUCCAGGAGCAGGUCUGCCAGCCAGGAGCGGAGUCUGGAUGAAGCUGUGCCCAGUGAGGGGGAGAGGGACCUCGAGCCCAGGGACAGCCACGGGGGCAAGGAGCCCACAAUCCAGGAGGAAGAGCGAUCCCAGGACUUAAGGAGGACCAAUAGUCUGAUGGUGCACAGACGCUCCGGGCUGGCAGGAGCCCUCGACGAGGCCAACACACCCCUCGCCCUGCCCCAACCAGAGCUGCAAGCGGAGAAGGAUGCAGCGCUGACGGAACAGGAGCCGGAGGGCAGCAGUGAGCAAGCCCUGCUGGGGGACGUGCAGCUGGACAUGGGCCGGGUCAUCAGCCAGAGUGAGCCCGACCUCUCCUGCACCACGGCCAACACGGACAGGGCUGCCCCCGAGAGCACCAGCGUCACCGUCGCCAUCCCUGACGUGGACCCCUUGGUGGACUCGACCGUGGUGCACAUCAGCAGCAAGACUGAUGGAGAAGCCAGUCCCUUGAAAGAGGCAGAGAUCAAAGAGGAUGAGGAGGAAGUGGAGAAGAAGCAGCAGAAGAAGGAGAAGCGUGAGACGGGCAAAGCCAUGGUGCCUCACAGCUCAAUGUUCAUCUUCAGCACCACCAACCCGAUCCGCAGGGCCUGCCACUACAUCGUGAACCUGCGCUACUUUGAGAUGUGCAUCCUCCUGGUGAUCGCAGCCAGCAGCAUCGCCCUGGCGGCCGAGGACCCCGUCCUGACCAACUCGGAGCGCAACAAAGUGCUGAGGUAUUUUGACUAUGUUUUCACUGGCGUCUUCACCUUUGAGAUGGUUAUAAAGAUGAUAGACCAGGGCUUGAUCCUGCAGGACGGGUCCUACUUCCGAGACCUUUGGAACAUCCUCGACUUUGUGGUAGUGGUUGGUGCAUUGGUGGCCUUUGCUCUGGCAAGCAACAAGGGCCGGGACAUCAAGACCAUCAAGUCCCUGCGGGUGCUGCGUGUGCUGAGACCGCUGAAGACCAUCAAGCGCCUGCCCAAGCUCAAGGCUGUCUUCGACUGUGUGGUCACCUCCUUGAAAAAUGUCUUCAACAUACUAAUUGUCUAUAAGCUCUUCAUGUUCAUCUUUGCUGUCAUCGCAGUUCAACUUUUCAAGGGCAAGUUCUUCUAUUGCACAGACAGUUCCAAGGACACAGAGAAGGAGUGCAUAGGAAACUAUGUAGAUCACGAGAAAAACAAGAUGGAGGUGAAAGGCCGAGAAUGGAAGCGCCAUGAAUUCCACUAUGACAACAUCAUCUGGGCCCUGCUGACCCUCUUCACCGUCUCCACAGGGGAAGGAUGGCCUCAAGUUUUGCAGCAUUCUGUCGAUGUGACAGAGGAAGACCGAGGCCCGAGCCGCAGCAACCGCAUGGAGAUGUCCAUCUUUUACGUGGUCUACUUUGUGGUCUUUCCUUUCUUCUUCGUCAACAUCUUUGUGGCUCUCAUCAUCAUCACCUUCCAGGAGCAAGGGGACAAGAUGAUGGAGGAGUGCAGCCUGGAGAAGAACGAGAGGGCGUGCAUCGACUUCGCCAUCAGUGCCAAACCACUCACCCGCUACAUGCCCCAGAACAGGCACACCUUCCAGUACCGCGUCUGGCACUUUGUGGUGUCUCCAUCCUUUGAGUACACCAUCAUGGCCAUGAUCGCCCUGAACACUGUCGUGCUGAUGAUGAAGUACUACUCUGCUCCCUGUACCUAUGAACUGGCCCUGAAGUACCUGAAUAUCGCCUUCACCAUGGUGUUCUCCCUGGAAUGUGUCCUAAAGAUCAUUGCGUUUGGCUUCUUGAACUAUUUCCGAGACACCUGGAAUAUCUUUGACUUCAUCACGGUGAUCGGCAGUAUCACAGAAAUUAUUCUGACAGACAGCAAGCUGGUGAACACCAGUGGCUUCAAUAUGAGCUUUCUGAAGCUCUUCCGAGCCGCCCGCCUCAUCAAGCUUCUGCGUCAAGGCUACACCAUCCGUAUUUUACUUUGGACCUUCGUGCAGUCCUUUAAGGCCCUCCCCUACGUCUGCCUUCUGAUUGCCAUGCUUUUCUUCAUCUAUGCCAUCAUUGGGAUGCAGGUCUUUGGAAACAUAAAAUUAGAUGAGGAGAGUCACAUCAACCGGCACAACAACUUCCGGAGUUUCUUUGGGUCCCUCAUGCUACUCUUCAGGAGUGCCACGGGUGAGGCCUGGCAGGAGAUAAUGCUGUCGUGCCUCGGGGAGAAGGGCUGUGAGCCUGACACCACCGCACCCUCAGGGCAGAGCGAGAGCGAGCGCUGUGGCACCGACCUGGCCUACGUGUACUUCGUCUCUUUCAUCUUCUUCUGUUCCUUCUUGAUGCUCAACCUGUUCGUGGCCGUCAUCAUGGACAACUUUGAGUACCUGACUCGGGAUUCAUCCAUCCUGGGGCCUCACCACCUGGACGAGUUUGUCCGUGUCUGGGCAGAGUAUGACAGAGCGGCAUGCGGCAGGAUCCCGUAUAAGGAUAUGUACAAAUUAGUGCGGGUGAUCUCGCCACCUCUGGGCCUGGGAGAGAACUGCCCCUACAGGGUGGCUUGCAAGAGGUUAGUCCUGAUGAAUAUGCCGGUGGCUGAGGACAUGACUGUCCACUUCACUUCCACGCUUAUGGCUCUGAUCCGGACAGCUCUGGACAUUAAAAUCGCCAAAGGUGGUGCGGACAGGCAGCAGCUAGACUCAGAGCUACAGAAGGAGACCCUGGCCAUCUGGCCUCACCUGUCCCAGAAGAUGUUAGAUCUGCUUGUGCCCAUGCCCAAAGCCUCUGACCUGACUGUGGGCAAAAUCUAUGCAGCAAUGAUGAUCAUGGACUACUAUAAACAGAGCAAGGUGAAGAAGCAGAGGCAGCAGCUGGAGGAACAGAAAAACGCACCCAUGUUCCAGCGGAUGGAGCCGUCAUCUCUGCCUCAGGAGAUCAUUGCUAAUGCCAAAGCCCUGCCUUAUCUCCAGCAGGACCCCGUUUCAGGCCUGAGUGGCCGGAGCGGAUACCCUUCGAUGAGUCCACUCUCCCCGCAGGAAAUAUUCCAGUUGGCCUGUAUGGACCCAGCUGACGAUGGACAAUUCCAGGAACAGCAAUCUCUGGAGCCAGAGGUUAGUGAAUUAAAAAGCGUGCAGCCCUCUAACCAUGGCAUCUACCUUCCUUCGGACACCCAGGAGCAUGCGGGAUCUGGGAGGGCAUCCUCUAUGCCACGCCUGACUGUGGAUCCCCAGGUGGUGACAGACCCUAGCUCCAUAAGACGUUCAUUUUCCACUAUUCGGGAAAAGCGUUCAAAUUCCUCUUGGCUGGAGGAAUUCUCCAUGGAGCGAAGCAGCGAAAACACCUACAAGUCGCGUCGCCGGAGUUACCACUCCUCCCUGAGGCUGUCAGCCCACCGCCUGAACUCUGACUCAGGCCACAAGUCCGACACCCACCGCUCAGGGGGCAGAGAGCGGGGACGAUCGAAAGAGCGAAAGCAUCUUCUCUCUCCCGACGUCUCCCGCUGCAACUCCGAGGAGCGAGGGACCCAGGCCGACUGGGAGUCCCCAGAACGUCAUCAGUCCCGGUCUCCCAGCGAGUGCAGGUCGCAGACCUCCAACAGACCGGGCACAGGGUCCCUCAGUGAAAGCUCCAUUCCCUCCGUCUCCGACACCAGCACCCCAAGACGAAGUCGUCGGCAGCUCCCACCUGUCCCUCCGAAGCCUCGGCCCCUCCUUUCCUACAGCUCCCUGAUAAGACACACUGGGAGCAUCUCCCCACCUGCUGAUGGGAGCGAGGGUGGCUCCCCACUGACCUCCCAAGCUCUGGAGGGCAAUGACGCCAGCCUGCCCGAGCCUUGCAACCCCCGGUACGUACAGCAGGGCCACCCCUCCUCCCCACAGCGCUACAUCUCUGAGCCCUACCUGGCCCUGCACGAAGACUCCCACGCCUCGGACUGUGGCGAGGAGGAGACGCUCACCUUUGAAGCAGCUGUGGCGACCAGCCUCGGCCGGUCCAACACCAUCGGCUCAGCCCCGCCCCUGCGGCACAGCUGGCAGAUGCCCAAUGGGCACUAUCGGCGGCGGAGGCACGGGGGGCCUGGACCAGGCAUGAUGUGUGGAGCCGUCAGCGACCUUCUGAGCGAUACGGAAGAAGACGACAAGUGCUAGAGGCCGCGCCCCCCUCCGAUGCAUGCUCUUCUCUCAACACGGAGAAAACCAAGACCCCAAUUGGGAAGCCAGUGCGGCCCGGGGGGGAGGAAGAGGGAGGAAGAAGAUAGAAGGACACCGUGCAUUAUAAGAGAAGAGGAAGGAAAGGACAGAAGGAAAACCGGUCAAACCCACCAAAUCGCUGUAUUUCCCUUGGCAAGAUGGGCACUGCCAUAGUUCUGCCUCUUUGCUGGGGAAAGAAUAUACAAGAACAUGGAGGGUUAUUCCCAGGAGAGAAGGGACACGAGGAUGGCUUUGCUUCCCCUUGCCCCUUCCCACUUUUCUAUAGCCGCGGGGAUGUCAGGCCGGCCUGUGGCUAUGCCUGUUGCCCUGAGAAGCCUGGAAGACAUUCUGGCUCUUAACUGGGGAGUCAUGGAGACCCUGGGAGAGGACUCUCCUCCCUCACCAGCCCUUCCUCCUCGGCCAGCACCCCUGCCACCAGGCCAACCAUGACGGCAUCUCAUGCGUUAUCCUGUGGCUUGCGUCCCCAGAGGAAGCACAGGCUGAGUUCAGGAGCAUUGGAUGUCAAGGGUAGGAGGCAGAGAGG